CAGAAAAUCACUGCACACUUCACUUAGGGAAGGCCAGGGGAGGUGACUUUUGAACUGCGGGGUUUCACCCACAGAGGCUGGGACACCCGGGCGACAACAGCGAGGGAGCGGGCAGUCCAGCCUUGACCCCUGCCCGGGGGCCCAGUCACGGGGCUGACGGUGGGGGGCAGGGCUAGGGCCUCCGGGCGUGCCUGUUCUGCCAGCUGAUUGGCUGGCGGGACGCGUCCCGGGAGGGUGCAGGGGUGCGGCGCCGAGAGGAUUCCCCCCCCACGCCGCCCCAGGUGCUGAGCACUCCCAGGGCCACGGGUCGGUGUAGGGGUGCGGCGCCGAGAGGAUCCCCCGGCGCCCCCGGCGCUGAGCACUCCCCCGGCUCGCGGCGGGCGCAGGGGUGAGGCGCCGAGAGCACCCCCCGCACGCCCACCAGUCCCCCGGGUCCCAGCCUGCGGCGCCCCCAGGCUGUCCCGGCCCGGUGCGUAGGCCCUUUCGCAGGCCCCCUGCCGGCAGGACGGGAGGGGAGGGGCCCGGACUUCAGUCCCAGACGGCGGGGAUCGAGAUGGCUUCCGUGCGGAUCCGAGAGGCCGAGGAGGGAGACUGUGGACAUAUCCUGAGGCUGAUUCGGGAACUGGCAGAGUACGAGAAACUCUCGGAGCAGGUGCAGAUCAGUGAAGAAGCCCUGAGAGCAGAUGGCUUCGGAGGGAACCCUUUCUAUCACUGUUUGGUGGCAGAGCUUCUUCCCGCCCCCGGGAAGCCGCCGGGGCCCCGUGUGGUGGGUUAUGGGCAGUAUUACUUCAUCUACAGCACGUGGAAGGGGCGCAACGUUUAUCUGGAAGACAUCUAUGUGACGCCGGAAUAUCGGGGUCAGGGGAUUGGCUCGAAAAUAAUAAAAAAAGUGGCUCAGGUGGCCCUGGAUAAGGGCUGUUCCCAGUUCCGCCUCGCAGUCCUGGACUGGAACCAGAGGGCCAUGACCCUGUACAAGGCCCUGGGAGCCCGGGAUCUGACUGAAACCGAGGGCUGGCAUGCCUUUCGCUUCGAAGGAGAGGCCAUGAGGAAGUUGGCGGAAAAGUGAGGCCAUUCCUUAGGGAUCUCCGGGGUCGACCUUCUCCUUCCCCACCAGCUCAAGCACUCCGCAGAGACUCUUGUCCACGGGCACAGGCCUCCCUGAAGGAAGAGAGGUUGAGAGUGACUAUACCCAAAUUAGGGGCAGAGCAGUAUCCGGGCAGAGGCCUUUCCACCUCCUUGUUGAGGGUGAGAAAUAAAGGGGAAUUACUGUAA